AUGAAGUACCCCAAACACCAUGAUGUUUGCACUGAAAUUGCCAAAGUUGGGUUUCUGCCAGUGAUGAAAUGGGCACGUAAAAAAGGAUUUCCAUGGAACGAAGAGACAUGUGCAGCUGCGGCCCAUGGUGGACAUCUGCAUGUAUUGAAAUGGCUAAGGGAGAAUGGCUGCCCAUGGGACAACUGGACAUGUUAUAAGGCUGCUAGAAAUGGCCAUCUGCAUGUCCUGAAGUAUUCCCAUGAACAGGGCUGUCCAUGGAAAAAAAAUACAUGUUCUGCUGCUGCUGAGUGGGGUCAUUUGGAUGUAUUGCAGUAUGCCCAUGAGAAUGGCUGUCUGUGGAAUGAAGAAACUUGUACCUAUGCUGCCGAGGGGGGGCAUUUGAAUAUUCUGAAGUAUGCUCAUGAGAACGGAUGUCCUUGGGAUGUCCAAACCUGUCUUGAAGCUGCACUGAAAGGUGAAUUGGAAAGCCUGAAGUAUGCCCAUGCAAAUGGUUGCCCAUGGGAUGAAUAUACAUGUUACUCUGCUGCAGAAAAUGGCCAUCUUGAUGUUCUACAAUAUUUACAUGAAAACGACUGCCCAUGGGACGAAGGGACAUGUGAAAUGGCUGCUGAGAAUGGCCAUUUGGAAAGCCUGAAGUAUGCCUAUGAAAAUGGCUGUCCAUGGCGGCUCAACAGCCGAACAUGCAGCAAUGCUGCGGGAGAUGGGUACUUGGAAAUCUUGAAGUAUUCCCAUGAACAGGGCUGUCCAUGGGAUGAAGAGACGUGUUCUGCUGCUGCUGAGGGGGGUCAUUUGAAUAUCCUGCAGUAUGCUCGUGAGAAUGGAUGUCCUUGGGAUGCCCAAACGUGUGUUGAAGCUGCGGCAGAAGGUCAUUUGGAAAUCCUGAAGUAUGCCCAUGCAAAUGGUUGCCCAUGGCACAACUGGACAUGUUCCUCUGCAGCAAAAAAUGGCCAUCUUGAUGUCCUACAAUAUUUACAUGAAAACGACUGCCCAUGGGACGAAGGGACAUGUGAAAUGGCUGCUUUGAAUGGCCAUUUGGAAAGCCUGAAGUAUGCCUAUGAAAAUGGCUGUCCAUGGUUGUACAACAGCCGAACAUGUGCCAACGCUGCGGGAAAUGGGUACUUGGGAAUCUUGAAGUAUUCCCAUGAACAUGGCUGUCCAUGGGAUGAAGAGACCUGUUCUGCUGCUGCUGAGGGGGGUCAUUUGAAUAUCCUGAAGUAUGCUCGUGAGAAUGGAUGUCCUUGGGAUGCCGAUACUUGUGUUGAAGCUGCGACAGAAGGUCAUUUGGAAAUCCUGAAGUAUGCCCAUGCAAAUGGUUGCCCGUGGAACAACUGGACAUGCUCCUCUGCAGCAAAAAAUGGCCAUCUUGAUGUCCUACAAUAUUCACACGAAAAUCACUGCCCAUGGGACAGCAAAGCAUGUGCCUGUGCUGCUUUGAAUGGCCAUUUGGAAACCCUGAAGUUUGCCCACGAGAAUGGCUGCCCAUGGGACAUCGGCACAUGUCACAACGCUGCCAAUAAUGGACAUCUGGAUGUCCUGAGGUAUGCUCAUGAGAACGGGGCUCCUUGGGAUGUCAGGGCUUGUCUUGCAGCUGCAGAAAAAGGUCAUUUGAAAAUUCUGAAGUAUGCCCAUGCAAAAUGGUUGCCCAUGGGAUCAUUCUGCCGUCCUGUCAGCCGCACGUGUCUCUGGGCGCAGGAGUGUCAUCAAAUGGGUAAAAGAGAAUGGAAACAACAUAGAAGUUUGAAUGACAUUAUAAAGCCACAUGUGGCAGGCAUUGAGCAGACACUUCAAAAGAUGCAUUUUAUCCAUUACCAACCAUAUCUUCAGCGGGUCACCAGUCUCUGCUUCUGA